AUGCGCGUUAAGCUUAUUUUUGAUUUCCCUUCGCUUACUCGUCGUUGCUGGUAUGAAAUAUGUCAGCCGGAAUUUGCGCAACAGGAUGAAUUGAUAAAAGAUCUUGUCGUGCGUAUACUUCACGAUUUCGAACUAGAGUCAGUUUGCCCAAAUGGAGUAAUUCUUAGUUUAGAAGGGUUUGAAUUGCUACCGAAUGGAACCACUCUCGGUUUGAUUCGAGAAAAUGAUACUAUUUGUGUUAAACCUGGGAACCUUGAGUUAAAUAAAGAUAAACAUCUAAAGUACAAUCGAAUUUCAACCCCAAAACCUCGAAGAAAGCAAGUCAACUUAAAUUCAAAGAAAAAGACGAGUUCCUCCUCUUCUGAAUCCUCUGAAUCAGAGAAUGGUGAAAAGAAAAGGAAAGAUACGUAUCAAAUUGGCAAGAAAAGGAAACGAGACGCGUCUUCAUUACCUUCAUCAACUGAAUCAUCAUCGUCGGCCUCUUCUGAUACUGAUAAUGAUCUGACAUCCUCUCCUUUAGCUAAAAGUGGCAAUAAAAACCUUAAACUGAAUGGUAAAUUAAAUAAAAAAAACAAAACAGUUAUAGAAAAACAAAAAAGCAAUGAAAUAUUAUCAUCCAAUUGGAAUCAUGAAAAGAAUUCAAAUUCAUCGUCAUCUUUAUCAGAGAGCAGUUCUGGGGAAGAGAAUGGGGAUAAACAAAUUACAAAGGAGAAGUCUGGAAAGGAAUUUGAGACAAAUAAUAUCAUUGAUGACAAUAAUGACAAAGGAGACUAUGUUGAUGCCGCAUUUAAUAAAGACUUUGGCAAUGGCAAUGAUCUCUUAUUACCUCCGCCAACAAAAAAAACAAAUGGAAUAAAUUUGACUAAAGAAGUGCCAUCAAAAAUAACAUUAAAUCCAAUUAUUGAGGUCAAUCAAAAAAAUAAAUUGUCAUAUCGACCACCGUUGUCACUUUCAUCAACAUCUAAUAAAAAGAAAGGUUACCUUCAAGAAAUGCUUUCAAUGUCACCCAAACAUCUGAGAUUUACCGAUGAUAGCGAUGAAGUUAUUAAUCAUAUUGAAAACAUUAAUACUACAGAAAAUCAAAUUAACGAAAUCGUUGCCACCACCUCAGCCACUAAUGCAAUGAAUAUUCGUGAUGAAAAACAAUUGAAUUUAACAUGUCAAAAUAUUGAUGAUCUUCCUUCUAAACGAGUUCUUGAAUUGUCGUCAUCUUUCACACCAGAAUGGAGCAUUUACAAAGAAGCCACAAUUGUGGAUUACGAUAGAGUCAAUAAUAUUGUCACUUUGAAACAUCACCAUCAACAAAAAGAUGCACUCAUGAAAGAACCGGUAAUUCGUCCAGGUAAAUUUGAUUUACAGAAUUUAGACGAUGAAUUUAUUAUUGAAGGACAACAAUCGUUGAUAGAUAGAGUUUCAACUUUGGAAUAUGGACAAUAUUGGGCAGAUUAUCCUGAUUUAUUUGCCGAUAUUGCUAAACAUACUGAAGAAAUUAACAGAGCAAUUGCUGUACUUCGAUGGUAUGUAAGCACAUUAUAUGGUUCUUUCAGAUCGAGACAAGAUAAAGAAAAAUUCGAAAAAAAACCGUUUAAUCCAAUUCUAGGAGAACAAUUUCUAGCCCGUUGGGAAGAUAGAAAUGAUUGUGGAGAGACAGUUCUUUUCUCUGAGCAAGUUAGCCAUCAUCCACCUGUUUCGGCAAUUUAUCUUGAAAAUAAUAAGGCUGGUGUAUCAGCGAAUGGUCAUAGCUGGGUUUCUGGAUCUAAAAACUCAUUCAAGGCACAAAUAUUUCGUAAUGGUUUACUUAAGACUCCUUUAUUCACAGUUUCAGGCUCAUGGGCAGGCAAAUCAACAAUCGAAGAUCACAAUACAAAGGAAAAGAAAACAUUUUUUGACAUUGAAUCUCAGAAACGAGCAAGUCCCAUUGUAUCUCUGGAAGAAGAACAAAGCGACAUGGAAAGCAGAAAAUUAUGGAAAUAUGUUGCAAAGGCUAUUAACGAAGGCGAUUUUUCAACUGCAUCAAAAUUAAAAGGAGAAAUUGAACAACGACAGCGUGAUAAAGUAAAGCGGGGUGAAGAAACUAUACUUCAAUACUUUGAUUGGGUUGAUCCAGACGAGAAAUAUUUAUCUCUUGAUAAACUAAUAAAUUAUAGCAGCAAGGAGGAAAAAUAUAAAGAAACUGGAAUUGCAAAAGCAAGAAGAAUAAUGACUGAGCAUACAGAAGAGAAAAAAGCUACGCGUAAAAGAAAACCCGCUGCAGCCACCGAAGAAAAGAAAUCAGAGAAGGCGGAAACCGAGGAAACUUCCACCUUUCCUAAGCUUAAAGAUUUCCUCGCAAAUGCUAAAGAUCUUCAAGUACUUAUAAAAAAUCUUGAGAAUAUAGAAGAAGAAAAGGAAACUAAAGAUAAUGAAACAUCCGAGAAAAACGUCGAAGCUAAAAAUGGUUCUGAAUCAACCCCUGAUGAACCUUUAUUCACAUUAACUGCAAAGCCGCAUAAGCACUCCACCGGCUCUUAUGGCUGGACCGCAACUCAAUCCAAGUCUAAAAUCAAGGUUAAAAUCGGUGGCGAAGAAGUGGAAUUGCCUAUUACUAUAACUCUUAAUAUUACUGUUCAAAAUUCUAAGAAUAAAUAA